AUGUGGGCCGCAACCUCGAGCAAUUGGACCGCCCUCGGGGUGGCAAUGCUCGCCGUCCUCCUCUUCUGGACCAUAUCCGCAACCACCUCUUUCUCUCCCUUCACCCGCGCCUUGCCCCGCCUGUACAACAAGCGCAUCUGCCUCCUGAUCGCGCACCCCGACGACGAGGCCAUGUUCUUCGCGCCCACAGUGCUAGCCCUCACCAAGCCGGAGCUGGGCAAUCACCUCAAGAUCCUGUGUUUCAGCACUGGCAACGCCGCGGGGCUCGGCGAGACGCGCAAACGGGAGCUCCAGAAGAGCGCGAUGCAGCUUGGUCUGCGGGAUGAGUCGGAUGUUUUCAUUGUUGAUGACCCCGAACGCUUUCCGGAUAGUAUGCAGGCACAAUGGUCGGAGACGGAAAUUGCAUUUUUGCUGGCGUCGGCGUUUGCGCCGGAAUUGACCGGUGGGCAGAAGUAUAAUGGCUCGUCUGCUACUUCUACCGCUACCACCACCGCCACCAUCUCCUCCUCCAAACAGAGGAAGCAGAAACAACAACAGGCUGUUCAGCCACCGAAACACGCCCAACUCCACGACGGUCCCGCCGCAGCUACCAUCGACGUACUCCUCACCUUCGACCAACAUGGCAUAAGCAACCACCCCAACCACCGCUCCCUCUACCACGGCGCAAUCCACUUCCUGCGCGAGCUCAUGAAAGACCAAGCAGGCUACACCUGUCCCGUGACGCUUUACACGCUCACCUCGACCUCAAUCUUCCGCAAAUACGUCGGCGUGCUCGACGCCCCCGUCACCAUGGUCCUGGGCGUGUGGAGCAAUCUCGCCUCGCGGUUUUCAUCCACCAAGCCCAAGUCCAAGUCCGCCUCGGAUGCGGGGCCCGUCCGGCUGCUGUUCGUCAGCUCGAUCGGUGAGUGGGUGACCGCCCAGUCGGCCAUGGUGAAGGGCCAUGCUAGCCAGAUGGUCUGGUUCCGAUGGGGGUGGAUUACGAUCGGGCGAUAUAUGACUGUCAACGACUUGAAGCGCGUGAAAGUCUAG